CAAUUCCAAAUCUAGAAAGCAAAAUAUGGCCAACUUUAGUCUUCAUCACUUCUUAAUACUUUUCUUGUUUUUCCAUUGUAUUUUUGUCAAAGUCGUUACUGAGUCUGUCACGUCCCAAAAUCCCGCAGCCACAAACUUCAUUAAAACCUCAUGCAAAAAUACUUUAUACCCUACCGUAUGUAUCCAAUCUCUCUCUGCCUACGCAAAUACCAUUCUACUAAAUGAGCAACAACUCGCUCAAGCAGCAUUAUCUAUUAGUUUUAAAAAAGCCAAACUUGCUGCCGAUUUUAUUUCCAAAAUUACAAAAAUAAGGGGAUUAAAGCCAAGAGAAUUUCAAGCUGCUAAAGAUUGUUUAUCCACCAUGAAUGAUAGUGUUUAUCAGCUUAAUCGAUCGAUACCCGAGCUUAGCCAAAGCGGACAAUUAGCAGCAGGACAAGAUUUUACUUGGCAUGUUAGUAAUGUUCAAACAUGGAUUAGUGCUGCACUUACUGAUGAAAAUGCUUGUCUUGAUAUGUUUAAUAAUCCUUCUAUGGAUGGAAAAAUUAAGGCUUUGGUUAGGGCUAGAGUCUUUGCUGCUGCACAAGUUACUAGUAAUGCACUUGCUUUGGUUUAUCACUUUGCAGAGAGACACUAAUUACUAUUAGUUAUGUUGCGCGGACUCUUCAAAAUGUUGUUUUAUAUAUCUAUGCUGGAUUCUUCAGAAAUGCACUAUUUUUGGAGGACCCGACACGUAUCUACCGAUAUUUUUGGAGAAUCUGAGCAACGUAACGUAGUUACAUGGUAUCAAGUUGUAUAAGUCCAAGCCUUGCAGUUUACUAUAGCUAGUUUUGUGAUGUAAAUGUUAUAAUUACUAGUACUAUAUCUUUCUUUACACUGCUUUGCAGUUCAUGUUGUAACAAAACUUUAGUUGAAAUUAACCAUCAUCUUGCUAGCUAGUUUUGUUAUCUAA